AUGGGAUCUCUCGGACCUUAUCAACACAAGCACAAGGUGACAGUGGUAGGCUCAGGUAACUGGGGCUCCGCCAUUGCUAAAAUUGUCGCCGAAAAUGCUGCCAGCAACCCCGAUCUUUUCGAGGAGCAGGUGGAGAUGUGGGUGUUUGAGGAGAACGUUGAGAUCGCGAAGGAUUCACCACACUAUGACCCCGCCCACGCGGGGCCCCAGAAAAUCACUGAGGUGAUCAACCGCACACACGAGAACGUGAAAUACCUUCCUGGAAUUCGGUUGCCGGCCAACCUACACGCAAACCCUUCACUCGAGGACGCUGUGAAGGACAGCACUAUCCUCGUCUUCAACCUUCCUCACCAAUUCAUUCACAAGACCUGCGAAACAAUCAAGGGCAAGAUCCUGCCAUACGCGCGUGGUAUCUCUUGCAUCAAGGGUGUCGACGUUCAGGAGGAUGGAAUCAGCCUCUUCUCUGAGACCAUUGGCAAGGCUCUGGGCAUCUACUGUGGUGCUCUGUCAGGAGCCAACAUUGCCAAUGAGGUUGCCCUGGAGAAGUGGUGCGAGACUACCAUCGCCUAUGACCCCCCGCACCUGGACUCCAAGGCCCCAACCCCCCAGCGUUCCCCCUCGGCUUCCCAGACCAACCUGGUCGAGUUUGAGCACAAGGAUGUCUCGGGUAACUUUUCCAAGGUCAAGUUGCAGGCACUGCCCUCGGAUUACCCGCCCGUUGACCACGCUGUGCUCAAGUCACUCUUCCACCGUCCUUACUUCCACGUGCGCGUCGUGAAUGAUGUCGCCGGUGUGUCUAUCAGUGGUGCCCUGAAGAAUGUGGUAGCAAUCGCUGCCGGUUGGGUUGUCGGUAUGGGCUGGGGUGAUAACGCCAAGUCCGCUGUCAUGCGUGUUGGUCUGAUGGAAAUGGUCCGCUUCGGUGAUCGCUUCUUCGGUGCUACAAUCGAGCAGCAUACCUUCACUGAAGAGAGUGCCGGUGUGGCCGAUCUGAUCACCAGCUCAAGUGGUGGUCGUAACUUCCGCUGUGCUAAGUACAGCAUUGAGCGCAACCAGCCCAUCGAGGAGAUCGAGCGCACUGAGCUCAAUGGCCAGAAGCUUCAAGGAACCUUGACCGCUGUGGAAGUAAACAAGUUCCUGAAGAAGCAGGGCAUGGAAGACGAAUUCCCUCUUUUCACUGCUGUAUACCGUAUCCUGGAAGGCACCAUGCAAGUUGCGGAUAUUCCUUCCUAUAUCGAGCGCCCUCCGAUGCCCCGUACCCCGACUUCCACUUUAUUUGAGACUUCUGGCAAGAAUGGCGAAAGUGAUGGCGUUCGGUUUGCUGCACGACUUUGA